UGGACAAUUCUACUUGGAAGGUCAGCUCUUAGAGAACUGAAUCAGAUUGAGGCAGAACUGAAUAAAUAUUGGCAGCGAUUAUUAGAAGGGCUUUCUUACUACAAACCUCCCAGUUCAAGUUCAGCAGAAAGAGUGAAAGCUAAUAAAGAUGUAGCGUCACCACUGAAAGAACUAGGCCUACGAGUCAGCAAGUUCUUGGGUCUUGAUGAAGAGCAGAGUGUACAGUUACUGCAGUGUUACCUUCAGGAGGACUACAGGGGGACUCGGGACUCACUAAAGACUGUUCUGCAAGAUGAGAGGCAGAGCCAGGCCUUAACCCUGAAGAUUGCAGAUUAUUAUUAUGAAGAAAGAACCUGCAUUCUUCGUUGUGUCUUACAUCUUCUGACUUAUUUCCAGGAUGAACGACAUCCCUAUAGGGCUGAAUAUGCAGACUGUGUUGACAAACUGGAGAAGGAACUAGUUGUAAAAUACAGACAGCAAUUUGAAGAGCUGUACCGAAUGGAAGCACCGACCUGGGAGACGCAUGGCAAUCUAAUGACUGAGCGCCAGGUGUCUCGAUGGUUUGUUCAGUGCCUCCGGGAGCAGUCCAUGCUGCUAGAAAUUAUUUUCCUCUAUUACGCAUACUUCGAGAUGGCACCUAGUGACCUACUGGUACUAACCAAGAUGUUCAAGGAGCAAGGAUUUGGUAGUAGGCAGACCAAUAGACACCUGGUGGAUGAAACCAUGGAUCCUUUUGUAGAUCGGAUUGGGUACUUCAGUGCCCUUAUCCUAGUGGAGGGCAUGGAUAUCGAGUCCUUGCACAAGUACGCGUUGGAUGACAGGAGAGAGCUGCACCAGUUUGCUCAAGAUGGGCUUAUUUGUCAGGAUAUGGAUCGUGUGAUGUUGACCUUGGGAGACAUUCCACAUCAUGCCCCUGUACUUUUGGCCUGGGCUCUCCUCCGUCACACACUGAACCCUGAAGAGACCAGCAGUGUGAUCAGGAAGAUCGGCGGCACAGCCAUCCAGCUGAAUGUGUUUCAGUACUUGACUCGACUGCUUCGGUCACUGGCCAGUGGGGGAAAUGACUGCACCACGAGCACCGCUUGCAUGUGUGUCUACGGCCUCCUCUCCUUCGCUCUGACCUCACUGGAGCUCCACACGCUGGGCAAUCAACAGGAUGUGAUUGACACAGCGUGUGAAGUCCUGGCAGACCCUUCUCUUCCGGAGCUGUUCUGGGGAACAGAACCAACCUCUGGUCUUGGCAUCAUUCUGGACAGCGUGUGUGGGAUGUUCCCCCAUCUCCUUUCCCCACUUCUACAAUUGCUGCGAGCCCUUGUGUCAGGAAAGUCCACCGCCAAAAAGGUAUACAGUUUCCUGGAUAAAAUGUCCUUCUACAAUGAACUUCAUAAGCACAAGCCCCAUGAUGUGCUCUCUCAUGAAGAUGGAACUCUCUGGCGGAGGCAAACACCUAAACUCCUGUACCCUCUAGGGGGUCAGACCAACCUUCGAAUUCCUCAGGGCACCGUGGGCCAAGUCAUGCUGGAUGAUAGGGCUUACCUUGUACGCUGGGAAUAUUCCUACAGUAGCUGGACUCUCUUCACCUGUGAGAUUGAAAUGCUACUCCAAGUUGUCUCCACGGCAGAUGUGAUCCAGCAUUGCCAGCGGGUGAAACCUAUCAUUGACUUGGUUCACAAGGUCAUUAGCACAGACUUGUCCAUAGCGGACUGUCUGCUGCCCAUCACAUCUCGUAUCUACAUGCUACUGCAGCGGUUGACAACAGUAAUCUCCCCUCCUGUGAAUGUCAUUGCUUCUUGCGUCAAUUGCUUAACUGUCUUGGCUGCUCGGAAUCCAGCAAAGGUCUGGACUGAUCUUCGUCACACAGGCUUUUUGCCAUUUGUGGCCCACCCUGUCUCCAACAUGAUUCAGAUGAUUAGUGCGGAGGGAAUGAAUGCUGGAGGGUAUGGCAACCUUCUGAUGAAUAGUGAACAGCCCCAGGGCGAGUAUGGAGUCACAGUUGCCUUUCUUCGCUUGGUCACCACUCUUGUCAAGGGACAGCUUGGCAGUACCCAGAGCCAAGGCCUGGUGCCAUGUGUGAUGUUCGUGCUGAAGGAGAUGCUUCCCAGCUACCACAAAUGGCGCUACAACUCCCAUGGUGUGCGGGAACUGAUUGGUUGCCUAAUUCUGGAGCUGAUUCAUGCAAUUCUGAACCUGUGCCAAGAGACAGACCUGCAUAGCAGCCACACACCCAGCCUGCCAUCCCUCUGCAUCUGCAGCCUGGCGUAUACAGAAGCUGGACAGACAGUCAUCAGUAUCAUGGGGAUUGGUGUGGACACCAUAGAUAUGGUGAUGGCUGCUCAGCCCCGCAGUGAUGGGCCAGAAGGUCAGGGCCAGGGUCAACUGCUGAUCAAGACAGUGAAGCUGGCGUUCUCUGUCACCAACAAUGUUAUUCGACUGAAACCUCCUUCUAAUGUGGUGUCCCCCCUGGAACAGGCUCUGACACAACAUGGUAUGUAUUUCUCUUCCUCAGCUACAUUGUAUACCUUAGUUUUGGACAUCAGAAGUUGUUCUCAGCUCAUUUCCUUAGACUUGGAAACAAGGGAACUGUACCAUACUUUAUUCUGCCUUCCUGUUGAUGACAUAGUGAUGCUUAAGGAUGAAGAAUGGACAUUGAAGUCAGGUUUCCUUGGUUCAAAUUUAGGUUCAGCCAGCUGUGAAAACCUCAGGCAUAUGUAUGUUCUGCCUCAGACUUCUCAUCCAACAUGGCAUAGUGGUAAAUUCCUGCAAUUUCAGCGAUCUGAACUCAUGUUUUCAUGCUUGUGCAGCAAGCACUUAACUGACCCAUCUCCCCAGCCCUUACUUCUUUGUUUCUUCUGUACAUUGGUUUCACUCCAGAAAUUUAAGUUUGGGUUGUUUUCUUAUUUUCAAUUUCCUGGAAUUUCUCAUUGCCUUUCUGCAGAACUCCUGGAGUUUUUCGAGGCACAGAGCCCUAAACCUGUGUGUUCUGGUCUCCAGGUGGCCCCAAUGUCAGUGUAUGCCUGCCUGGGCAGUGAUGCAGCUGCCAUUCGUGAUGCCUUCCUGACCCGCCUUCAGAGCAAGAUUGAGGACAUGCGCAUCAAAGUCAUGAUUCUGGAGUUCCUUACAGUCGCUGUGGAGACACAGCCAGGUCUCAUCGAGCUCUUUCUGAAUCUGGAAGUGAAGGAUGGCAGCAAUGGCUCCAAGGAAUUCAGCCUUGGUGUGUGGAGCUGUCUCCAUGUGGUGCUGGAGCUGAUUGAUUCCCAGCAACAAGAUCGAUACUGGUGCCCACCCCUCUUGCAUCGUGCAGCCAUUGCCUUCCUUCAUGCCCUGUGGCAAGAUCGUAGGGACAGUGCUAUGCUUGUCCUCAGAACCAAACCCAAGUUUUGGGAGAAUUUAACCAGCCCGCUGUUUGGAACUCUUUCUCCUCCCUCAGAGACAUCUGAGCCCAGCAUUCUGGAGACCUGUGCCCUAAUCAUGAAGAUAAUAUGUUUGGAGAUAUACUACGUAGUUAAGGGUUCAUUAGACCAGUCAUUAAAAGAUACACUCAAGAAGUUUUCCAGCGAGAAACGCUUUGCCUACUGGUCAGGGUAUGUCAAGUCUUUGGCAGUUUACAUGGCUGAAACAGAGGGCAGCAGCUGCACGUCCUUGCUGGAGUAUCAGAUGCUGGUCUCUGCCUGGAGGAUGCUUCUCAUCAUUGCCACCAGUCAUGCCGACAUCAUGCACUUGACUGAUGUGGCAGUGCGGCGCCAGCUUUUUCUUGACGUGCUUGAUGGGACCAAGGCAUUACUCCUCGUUGCAACAUCGGUGAACUGCCUCCGGCUCGGCUCCAUGAUGUGUACACUGCUGCUUGUCCUCCUGCGGCAGUGGAAGCGAGAGCUGGGUGCUGUGGAUAAAAUCCUUGGGCCCUUGACAGAGGUCCUGGAAGGGGUGCUGCAGGCAGACCAGCAGCUCAUGGAGAAGACCAAGGCCAAGGUGUUCUCUGCCUUCAUUACGGUAUUACAGAUGAAGGAGAUGCGAGUAAGUGAUAUCCCGCAGUACUCCCAGCUGGUGCUGAAUGUCUGCGAGACUCUCCAAGAAGAGGUGAUUGCACUCUUUGAUCAGACCCGCCACAGCCUGGCAUCAGGCAGCGCUGCAGAGGACAAGGACAGCAUGGAAACGGAUGACUGCCCUCGGCCUCGGCAUAAGGACCAGCGUGAUGGGGUAUGUGUCCUGGGACUGCAUCUGGCUAAGGAGCUUUGUGAAGUGGAUGAGGAUGGGGACUCGUGGCUACAGGUGACCCGAAGGCUCCCCAUUCUGCCCACACUCCUCACCACCCUGGAGGUGAGCCUCCGCAUGAAGCAGAACCUGCAUUUUACGGAGGCUGCGUUGCACCUGCUCCUCACCCUGGCUCGUACCCAGCAGGGCGCGACAGCAGUGGCUGGAGCUGGCAUCACCCAAAGCAUCUGUUUGCCUCUCUUGAGUGUAUACCAGCUUAGCAGCAAUGGCACAGGACAGACACCCAGCACCUCUCGAAAGUCCCUGGAUGCCCCAUCCUGGCCAGGGGUCUACCGCCUGUCCAUAUCCUUGAUGGAGAGGUUGCUUAAGACUCUACGCUACAAUUUCCUGACUGAGGCUCUAGACUUUGUGGGUGUCCAUCAGGAGCGGACAUUGCAGUGUCUCAAUGCAGUGAGGACGGUACAGAGUCUAGCCUGCCUAGAGGAAGCAGAUCACACUGUGGGCUUCAUCCUACAACUGUCCCAUUUCAGGAAGGAGUGGCACUUCCACCUGCCUCAGCUUAUGCGUGAUGUCCAGGUGAACCUGGGUUAUUUGUGCCAGGCCUGUACCUCCCUCCUACACAGCCGCAAGAUGCUGCAGCACUACCUACAGAACAAAAAUGGGGAUGGCCUCCCCUCAGCUGUCACUCCUCGAGUGCAGAGGCCAGCCACUACCACAGCCACCACCACAGUUGCUACCCCAUCUGGAUGCUCCUCCAAGCAGCCUGUUGCUGACACUGAGGCCUCAGAGCAGCGAGCCUUACACACAGUCCAGUAUGGCCUUCUCAAGAUUCUCAGCAGGACCCUGGCAGCCCUGCGCCACUUCACUCCAGAUGUCUGCCAGAUUCUGCUGGACCAGUCCCUGGAUCUCGCGGAAUACAACUUCCUAUUUGCCCUGAGUUUCACCACUCCCACUUUUGACUCUGAAGUGGCCCCCUCCUUUGGAACCCUCUUGGCCACAGUGAACGUGGCCCUCAACAUGCUUGGAGAGCUGGACAAGAAAAAAGAAUCCCUUACUCAGGCUGUGGGACUCAGCACACAAGCAGAAGGAACCCGAACAUUAAAGUCCCUCCUGAUGUUCACCAUGGAGAACUGCUUCUAUCUGCUCAUCUCCCAAGCAGUACGCUACCUCAGGGAUCCGGCUGUGCACCCGCGGGAUAAACAGCGGAUGAAACAGGAGCUGAGCUCAGAGCUGAGCACGCUGCUUUCCAGCCUCUCAAGAUACUUCAGAAGGGGAACCCCCAGCUCCCCUGCUGCUGGAGUCCUGCCCUCGCCGCAGGGCAAGGCCACCUCUCUCUCCAAAGCCAGCCCAGAGUCUCAGGAGCCUCUGAUCCAGCUUGUGCAAGCCUUUGUCCGACAUGUGCAGAGAUAGGGAGUGGAGCGCCAUCUGCUUGCUGCUCCUUGCCAACCUACACUGCAGCCUGGGCAGAGGGUGCUGCCACCACAGAGCGGGCCACUGAGCAAGCAGCCCCCUUCCUCCUCUUCCCGCCCACCCGCUGACAUUAUUUUUGUAAUAGAUCAAGAGGUCAACAGCAUGGGCAGGGAGCCAAGGGUCUGGGUGCUCAGACUCUACAAUAUCCACAAGAUGGCCCUUUUCCUUCAAGCAUUCCCAUGGCAUGUCACCAGCCAGGGAGGCCCUGGGUGCUGGCAGCACAGGAGAGGCCUGUGUGUAGUGAGAAUUUUCCAUGAUCUAUUCUUGCAGGGUUUAUUUUUUUGUUGUUUUGUUUUUGGUAAUACUGUGGUCUAUUUAUACAAAUAUUAAAGUACUGUUUAUAGA